UCACACUCCAGCACAUCAGUGGCGGUAUGCACCCUUUUAGUCGGUUUGCAACUCGCCAGUAAAUCCACAGAAGAAUAACACGUCAUAAGGCUGCGCCGCGCUCCAGUGUCUGAAGAAAGGACAGAGGAUCCGAACACACCGGAAAACUCUUUGUGAUACAACUGAGAUCCACGUGAUGUACAAAAUGGCGUUUGUUAAAGAGGAGAGUGAAGAAAUGAAGAUUGAAGAAGCAUUCAGAGUGAAACAAGAAGAUACUGAGAAACAAAUAGACUUGAUGGUGCUGAAAGAGGAGGGUCAAGAGCAGAAUGAAAUUGAUGAAAAACAUGAUUUCAUGACUGGAAAAAAAUCUACACUGAUUGAAAAGACCUCGCAAAAAAGAGCUAAAAAGACAGCAGUUAAAAAGUGUUUCACCUGCCAUCAGUGUGGAAGGACUUUUGAUCAACGUGGGAACCUAAAAGUACACAUAAGAAUUCACAAUGGAGAGAAGCCUCACACCUGCAAACAUUGUGGAAAGAGUUUCAAUGAAAAAGGAAACCUUAAUGUUCACACGAGAAUUCACACUGGAGAGAGGCCUUACAUCUGUCAACAAUGUGGAAAGGGUUUCACUCAAAAAGGAAACCUUCAAGUCCACAUGAGAAUUCACACUGGAGAGAGUGUUUUCAACUGCCAGCAGUGUGGGAAGAAUUUCAGUGGAAAGGGAAAUCUUAAAAAACACAUGAGAAUUCACACUGGAGAGGGCCUUUUCACCUGCCAACAGUGUGGGAAGACUUUCACUCAAAAUGGAAACCUUAAAAAGCACUUAAGAAUUCACACCGGAGAGAAGCCUUACACCUGCAAAUUGUGUGGGAAGAGCUUCACACGGGAACUAGGCCUUAGGUAUCACAUGAACAUUCACACUGGAGAAAAGCCGUUCGUAUGUGGUCAGUGUGGAAAGAGUUUUAGCCGUAAAGAGACCCUUGAGACCCACAUGAGGAUUCACACUGGAGAGAAGCCAUUCACAUGUGUUCAGUGUGGAAAAAGUUUCAGAUGUAGAGAAAACCUUAGAGGACACAUGAGGAUUCACUCCAGAGAGAACUGCUUUAUAUGCCAUCAGUGUGGAAGAAGUUUUACAGACAUUAAUCGGCUUAAGAAUCAUGUAAUAACUCACACAGGGGAGAAGCCUUUCAUAUGCCAUCACUGUGGAAAUAGUUUUACAAGUGAAGGGAAGCUUAAAACUCACAUGAGACUUCACAGUGGAAAGAGGCCUUUCACAUGUCUUCAGCGUAAGAAGAGUUUCACAUAUCAAAGAGACAAGAAACGACAUUUGCAAAUUCCCUCUGGAGGAAAGACAUUUAAUUGUGAUCAGUGUGAUAAAAAAUUUAUUUUGCCGGCACACUUACAGAUACACCUGAAAAGUCACACAGAUUUGAGACCCUAUUCGUGUUCUUUAUGUGGAAAAAGUUUCAAAUGGCUCAGCGAUUUAAAAUGGCAUCAGAAAAUACGUAUCUGUGUGAAAUUAAGGCUACGUUCACGCCACAGAUGAAUGUGGGACAAAUUGGAUUUUCUUCUCAAGGUGUUCCAUUGUGCAUAGGUGUCACUCCAUUUCAUGUAUGGCCAUUCUACAGAAUUGGUUCAAGGUCAGAGUUGGAAAACAUCUUAAAAACAAUUGAUCUUUUUCCACAAUUUUUUUAUGUAUGCAAAUUAAAUAAUAUCCAAGGUACUCAUUUCUAGUAAUUGUGCAGUUAAUUCUCAAAUUCUAUUUUCAGAAAAUGUCACUACUGAAACACAAUAAUAAAUAACUCAAAGGUGCCCUAGAAUCCCUUUUCAAAAGAUGUAAUAUAAGUCUAAGGUGUCCCCUGAACGUGUCUGUGAAGUUUCAGCUCAAAAUACCCCAUAGAUUUUUUUAAAUAAAUUUUUUUAACUGCCUAUUUUGAGCCAUAAUUACAUUUGCACCGAUUAAGCGCGGGAGUUUGAGACUCACUGUAUGUCAUUUCCAUGUACUGAACUCGUUAUUCAUCUAUGCCACGGUAAAUUCAAUUUUUCAUUCGAUGGCACUUUUAAGAAGGGUUAUAUUGACUUAAGAUUUUGUUUACAUCAGACUUGUAAAUACAUUUUUGCUACUUUUUAAAAAAAGCAGUUUGCACCAAUUCUGUAGAACGGCCCAUAUUGAUAUGUUGGAAUCAAAAUAUUAAUUCAACUUCUGUUUUGCAGUGAAAUGCUGAUUUGUAAAUGCAAAACUAAAAAUAAAAAGACAAACUGAAUAAAAUAAUGAAUAUUGCACUGCAGUAUUUGAUUCAUCUUUAGUAAGAGAAUGCACAGGUGAACAUGCAGCUAUUUUUUUUUAAUGUAAAAUAUCUUACUCAGGACAGUACUAAA